UCUGCCUCCAUUUCAACGUGUCAUACAGCCUGAAGAGAUGUGGCUUUAUAAAAACCCAUACAUAGAAGCGGACCAUGUACCCACCAAGCUCAUGUUUUUAAUUUCGUUUUUGUGUCCCUUGACGUUCAUCCUUCUGGCAAAAUUCCUCAUGAAAGUUGACCGCAGAGACACGCAGGAGGCCUUUUUGGCUGCCAGCCUUGCUCUUGCCCUGAACGGGGUCUUCACAAAUGCUGUGAAGCUAGUCGUGGGAAGGCCACGGCCAGAUUUCUUCUACCGCUGCUUUCCAGAUGGACGGGCAAACGCCAAGCUGGUGUGCACCGGUGACCUGGACGUGGUGACUGAGGGACGCAAGAGCUUCCCGAGUGGACAUUCCUCUUUUGCCUUUGCUGGUCUUGCCUUCUCUGCCUUCUACCUGGCAGGAAAGCUGCACUGCUUCACCCCUGGCGGGCGUGGAAAAUCCUGGCGACUCUGUGCCUUCUUAUCACCACUGCUCUGCGCUCUCCUCAUCGCUCUGUCCCGCACCUGCGAUUACAAGCACCACUGGCAAGAUGUGUUGGUUGGCUCAGCGAUUGGUUUCACAUUUGCAUACCUAUGCUACAGGCAGCAUUACCCUUCCCUGACUGACGCAGAGUGCCAUAAACCAUUGCAGUGUAAAUCGAAACUACCACCAGCACGGGAGCAAAAGCUGGCCAGCUCCAGCUUCCACGUGGAAAUAUAAUGAUGGGAUCCACUUUGCUGGGACUGGCCCCUGGUUAAUCAUUCCUUCCGCUCUUCAGCCCACAGGGUGGGGAAGGGUACAGGCUUUGGGACCAUCGCUUACUGCCUACUUGGUGAAGUAACUGAGUAACCCAAAGGAGGAUGGGGCUGAUAUAUGAAUAGGAAUUGCUCCCCUGACCAUGCAGUAAGUGGUCCUGCUCAGCAGGCCUGUGCUUGUACCAUUCUCGUUUGCGAGACACUCCCCUCUUUCAGGCCAGCCCUGGAGGAAGCUGUGUAAGUGACUGUACGCCAGCCUGCAGGAGGGAGGGGAGCAGGCUGUUAAUCACACCUAAAAUAGUUCAGAGUACGCAAGGGCUCAGCCUUGUUGUGGUUUUGGGGGGAGGAAAAGCAGCAUAAUACCUGAAUCAUGUCAUUUACUGGGUUUUUAAAUGUCAAAUAAAAAGCUGGUGUAAAUUUAGUGAAACAAGUUCUAUUACUUUUUGGCACUAAAGAACAUCAUCUGUCUUUACAUAGCUGGCU